AUGGGCCGGCUGCGGGCCCUGAGCCCCCUGGCGCUGCUCUCUCUCUGCCUGCCCGCAGCAUGCCUUGACCCCUGCGUCCCCAGCAUCACCCCCCAGCCUGUGGUCCCGUUCGGGGGCUCCGUGGACCUCAACUGCACCUGUGCAAAUGCCAGUGAGCUGAACUGGGAGGUAUCGGUGCUGAAGAAGACACAGCAGGGGCCUGGCUGGGUGUCCCUGAGCAUCACCAACAUCUCAGACUGGAGCCCAGUGGACCUGAAGUGCUACAGGCAGGGGGGCCUUGAGGGCCGGGCCAUUGUCGAGGAUAUGCUCCAUGUUUAUGAGCUCUCCCACCUUGAGAUCCACCCAGAUGCUGAGAUUGUGGCCAGGCGCAAGGGGCAGGUCUUUUGCCAUGUCUAUGCCCGCACAUCCGAAGUGUCAGAGCCUGACCUCACCUUGACACUGAGCAGCGGUGGCCAUGAAUGGCUCAGAACCCACAGGAAUCACUCUCUGCAGUAUGACUUUGUGCUAAAUCCUGAGCAAGAUGGUACCGAGCUUGUAUGUGAGGCCAAGCUGCACCUGGGCCAGCAGGAGUUGUCUGUGAAUGCCAGUGUCACUCUACGUGUCUGGGCCAUACCCUACAAUGUCAGUGUCUGGGCUGAGCAGAUGUCAGUGGCAGCUGGUGGCAACAUUGUGGUGCAGUGCCAUGCACAGGGGAACCCACCACCUGUGCUGCACUGGGUGCUGCCUUCUGAGGAUGGUGUGCGGCGGCUGGACAAUGACAGCAUUGUGACCAUCAUCACGGCCCAGAGUGCCCACAACGGCACCUACAAGUGCGUGGCUGAGAACCGCUUUGGGAGUGUUACGGGCCAGACUGACGUGGUUGUAGAAGCCUCCUAUCAAGUCUGGGUUGCACCUGUGGUGGUCGUGGUCAUGCUGAUUGUUGUGGCGGUCAGUGGCUUCCUCUGGUACUGGUUCAAGUAACCGGGCUGGAGUACAACAACGGCUCACCUGGGGACUCCGGGCCUGUGCCAGUGCCCUCUGACUGCAUUGGCCAGCCCCCAGCUCCUGCUUCUGCUACAAGCUGCACAGCCCACCCCACCACACCCGCCCAGGUUGAUGGAAGAUGAGGGUCAUGCAGGAGGGCUCAGCUGGCUGGUCCAAACCACACCACUGAGUUCAGCAGCUUUGCAUCCAACCUGCCCAUGUCCCGGAUCUGCUGUGACCACUGUUGCCACGGGGUCCUGGUUGGGAAUGGGGCCUGCAUGGCCAUGGGGCAUCCCUUUUACCUGCUGGGAGCACCUGCUGGCAAAGCUGAUGGCCUUGGAUUGGUGGUUGAAAGUCCACAGGAGAACAAGGAGCUCCAUGAAAAGUUGCUCACAUGGGAAACAGGCAGAACUCUCCAUCCUCGGUGUCAUCUGGAUCGGCUCCAGCUGGAUCAUCCACUGGGGGGUGCACACGAGCAAGGGUGAAUCUAAGGGGGCUGUGAGGCAGUUACCCCCUUCAGUUCCUGCUUCCAGCUGCCUGGGAGGGGCAGCAGCAUUUCUUCUCCUCCUUCCUGCCUCAUUAUAAUGUACCUGAUUCCUGCUAUUCUCAGUUGCUAACAACCCUCUCUCCUUUUAGUGGCUCCAUUAACCAAAUUCUUUUUGCUAUUCCAGUGUAUCUGCCUGUCAGCUCCUCCACAUACCGCUUCUCAUCUGUGUCACAGCUGGGCCCACUGGUUUUAGUCCUACCUAAAAACCUUAACUCAGGUGUGCUUGCAUUAACUCAGGUGAACAUUGGCUCAAACCCAGUCAUACCCCAUUCCCUCUCCCUUUCAGCCUCUGCUCUCUGCCACCAUGCGACACAGGAGACUGGGCAAGAGGGACCUAGGGUCUGGUAAAUGGCAGUUCUUAUGGUCUUCUCUUCAUAACAUUAACUCAGACGUGGAAAUGACUGACAGUGUAGCAUUGUCAAGAUGCUUCAGAAGGCCAGCCCCAGCCUCUAGUAUUUUUGCUUUGAUCUUAAACAGAAUACUCAAGCCCCAAGCCCCUGACAGAGUAAUACAGCUUCUAGCUUUUUUUUACCUGGAUGAACAAUGUGUGCUGUGUUUUAUGGGAGGAUGCAGCACCAUCUCCAGCCAGUUACUUUCUGCUCUGAGUCAUCAUCACUUUGGUUCUGAGUCUCUGGGAAGUGCAGAAGCUGCUGACUUGCUGGGCACUAGGUCAUAGUCUGCUCUGUCCUGAGGUUAGGGAGGGGGUCAUGGGACUGUGAUUUCAGGUUUGCAAAAAGCCCUAUGGCUCCACUCACUCUAUGUAUUCAAGGCUUUUACCAGCAGCAGCUGGAGCCUUGGAAAGGACCAGGAUUGGUGGGUGGCAGAGCUGCCAAUGCCCCAGUGCCCACAGCACUGGGCCCUUUGUCUUGGGUCUGUAUAAGUUUGGAGUCUGGGUGAAUGCAGGCACCUCUCAGGUCACAAGGCCUGGGUGCUGCCUCUGUGAUGGGGCAUGAAACUUCCAUCCCUGGUGGGGUGAGAGGGUCUGGCCCUGGGCCAGUGCUGUUCACCAGCAAAGGGAGGGCUUGAUGUCCAUUUUAGAGGUGGGGAGAGUGGGGCACAGGAGAGACAGGCUGGAGGUCACUGGGAAGGCGAGCAGCAGAUCAGGAAACAGCAUCCAGGAGUCCAGCUGCAGCAUCUCUCAGGCUGUGCCAGGGUAUCUAAGGCUGCAGCUCUAAUGCUGUGAGCUCCCAGGUACAAGCCCCAGCAGGAUGCUAUCGGGAUGGCAGGGGGCUGGGGGGACCCCAUCUUGCCUCCUGCAGGGGGAUGCCACCUGGCUUCUCUCCCACUAGUUCCUUGUCCCAGUUGCCACAGGGGGGUGCCAGAAACUCAAGGGUGCCCAGGCUGGCCACAGCUUCCACCUUGAAAGGUUUUGCAAACCAGGGGAAGUUGCAGCCCUGAAGGGAUCCUCUACUCUGCUCUCCACUGCCCCACCUGGGCCACUCCCUGCAACCAGCCCACCCCUCAAGCUACCUCUCAUGCCCUUUUAGAGCUGCAAGGACCCAUGGGGCAUCAGGGAGGGGGCCGGUGGAGGGCUGUGGGUAUCUGAGCUCUGUUGCAGACAGGAAAGGGCUUCCCUGGUCUGGUUCUGGCAGGGUGACAUGGCCCUGCUGGGUGUGAUGUGGCACAGUGGCCUGGGUGAGAGGCAUGGGUCCAAGUUCAGUGCCCAUGAGCACCAGGCCCUUUAUUUGCUGAAAGGGAAGUUGAUUCAGUCUGCUGGAUGAUGGGAAGAGAGUGGGAGUUUCUUCACCAGCUGGGAAAACCAGGCCUUUUCUACACUGGAAGGGCUUGUCUACAGCCUUCUUCCAGCCACAGGCUCUGCCCGUAUCCAGCCACCCGCCCCCCAAAGCUCCAGGCUCCUGGCCAGCCCAGCCUCCCCACCCUAUACUAUGCAGUGGCUCUGGUCCCUGGCUUAAAAGCUGGGCUGUUUUUAAAAAAUCUAUCUAUCUAUCUAUCUAUCUCGCAUUACUUCUACCAAAACUGUCCUGUGGCAGCUAUGGCUCACCUGACAGUAUAACAGUCAUCAUUGCCAUUACAUCAUACACAUUCCCAUCGCAGUAUCCACACCAUGCACCUGCACUCCUGCAUGUUUGUGUGACCAUUAGCCUUGUCUGUCACAAACAUGCAACCUUUUCCUGCACCCUAAGCUUACCCCCCUCCCCACUCCUCUACCCCUGUCUAUUUAUUUCCUAGUUCUUUCAGUUGUCACUGUCUUCACUGUCCUCAUUGCUUUCUUUCUCUCAUUGUCUCUGCCGCCUUCAUCAUCAUCACCAUCAUCAUCAUGAUUGCUCUCUUCAGAGGGUCCAUGCCUGAAAAGUCUGGGCCAGUCCAUCAUCUAGAUGAUCCCUGCCAUCUCCUCCCAAACAUCUUUCACCACUUUCUUGUAGUACCCUUGAGUAUUGUUCAGUCACAUUUUGACACAGGCAUCUAUUGGGGGCUGUGUGCCCAUAUACAAGCAGGAAAUCCUGGCUUUCCACAAGGCAUCUCUAAAGCAGGAAAUUAAUUGGUUGAAGUGGGCCAUUGGGGGUCUCCUUUUGCUUGGACAGUUACUCAAACAGUUCCACUUCUGUGGACAGAGUUGUGAUCCCUGUCACCAUCUUGAGGAGUAUAAACAUUUUCCUCCACACCCCUUUGGUGAAAGAGCAAUACCGCUGGAGGUGGUUGAUUGCUAUGCUUUCCAUGAGCAGGUUUUCCUGGGGCAAUAUGGUUGGUUUUUAACUGCCCCUUUACAUAAUGCCUCACUUGCACCAAGAGCAUGCAGUGGGCUACUUGCAAGUUCACAUCUCCGUGCUUUUUCUGCAGGUCCUUGUGGAAGAUCCUCUCUCCCACGGCGUGGCAUCCAUCUUUGGAGAGUAGGUCCAUGGUUAACACUACAUCUCAUUGCCUCACUGCCUUCUGCAUUUUGCAGUGUUUCAUCAGGGUCACCAGACCUCCUUUCUGUAGUUUGUACUUAGUCACAAACUCCUGGAAGAUCGUUUUAGGCUCAUUUCAGGCUCAACAUUAGGAAAAUCUGCUUCACAACUAGG